AUGGGACCUGUCCCGCUAACCUGGGGCUGCGCCUCAGUGCACUCUGACGGGGCCUUCCCCACUACGAGCGCUAUAGACGAGCUUCUCACCACGCUGCAAGAGCUCGACAUCAAGCAUCUGGACAGUGCACAGCUCUAUGGCGACUGCGAAGUCCUCCUCGGCCAGGCCGGCGUCGCAAAGUACAACUUUGCCAUUGACAGCAAGACGCCAGGCGGGUUCGUGCCGGGCUCGCUGCAGCCAGAGCGACUGCUGGCCGAUUUCCACACGACACUCCAAAACCUCGGCGUUGCGCACCUCGACACCUUUUUCAUCCACGCGUCGGACCCAACGACGCCAAUGGAGCCGGCCCUGGAGCAGCUUGACGUGCUGCACCGUGCAGGCUACUUUGCGCGCCUGGGGCUGUCCAACAUGCAGGCCGACGAGGUUGUAGCCAUCCACGGGCUCUCUACCCGGCGCGGAUGGAUUGUUCCCAGUGUCUACCAAGGCAACUACUCGGCGUUUGCGCGACGCCAAGAGACGGAGCUGUUUCCGACGCUGCGCCGGCUGGGCAUGUCCUUUUCAGCGUACAGUCCGCUAGCCGGCGGAUUUCUAGCGCGGAGAAGUGCUGGCGAGCUCUCGGCGCCAGAAACUGGAGGUCGCUUUGCUGUCGAUCCGGCAGACCCCGAGGGUUCACGGCCGCAGUUGGUUGAGGCGCUGGCCGAGUGGGGUCGCAUCGCUGAUAGCGCUGGUUGCAGCUGUCCGGCCGAACUGGCGUUUCGGUGGGUGGUCUGGAAUUCAGCGCUGGAGCCCGCAAUUGGUGAUCGCAUCACCUUGGGUGCCAGAGGUGUGCAACAGCUUCGUCAAACGGCGGGCUGGGUGACAAAAGGAAGCCUAGAUGCAGAGACGAUUGCCAGGAUUGACAAACUGUGGAAGCAGAUCGAAAGUGUUGCACCAUUAGACAAUAAGCACUUGUAG